CACACCAUCAAAGCCUCUACGCAGGCAAAGGCUGAGAGUCUCAAACGCCUGCCAAAGCUCGUGCAUAAGGCUGACACAAACCAUGAAGCAUGCACCAGAUGCCAGGCGAGAGGUAAGACAUGUGUUUAUGGCCAUUUUAUCAGUGCCGUUGAGAAGCAGACAGCGCGUAAACCCCGUGGACAAACAUCAUCAGUUCACAAGCCUGUUCCUAUCAUGGCCUCUCCGCCAUCCUCACUCGAGAGUCCACCAGCAUCAGUGCCCGGAACGGUCCCCAUGGUUGAUUCAACACUCGGGUCUAACCAUGUGGACGAUGAUCGAGAGGCAGAGCCUGACCUGGAGCAAAACCGGGCAUACUGUACCGCACAUGGGCAGUUUGCCGGCCAGGUUGCCGCUGCCAUAGACGUGAGGGCAGGACUCAUCCCGGCCACCUGUUAUCAGGUCCCACUCGUAGAUGCGCCGCUAUUUGGAGAUCUUGACCUACCUUCUCAAUCCUGUCUAUUGUCUUCGUCAACCGAAUUGCCUCCCCGGGCAUAUGCCGAUCAACUGAUUGACAUAUACUGGCGACACGUUGAUCCUAUGGAGCCGGUGUUAGAUCGCCAUCGUUUCCUUGAAAACUACGAAAAAGUAUAUUCAACACCCAUUACACCACUCUGCGCAGACUACGACCUCUGGGUUGGUAUCCUCAAUGUAGUCUUUGCCCUGGCAGUUCAAAGACAAGAACACAACCCGCUGCAGCAAAGAAACGAGGAAGGACAUUGCUUUUUUCAGCGCGCAUGGGCCCUCCUUCCUGCCGAGUCUAUGCUAUGGAAACCUGGAUCACUCGAGCUCAUACAGUGCCUGAUGCUGAUGAAUCGAUACCUCCACUGCACCAACAAUCAACAGAAGACAUGGAUGACAGCGGGGUUGGCGAUGCGAAUUGCGCAGAGCGUGUGCUGCCAUCUCGACGAGGCGCCUUUGUUAAAAGGCUCUAGUGACGACGAAGCCCUGAAACAGAAAGUAUGGGCUAGCUGUGUUGCGCUUGAUCGAUGCAUCUCGUGGUCACUGGGUAAGACGUCGGCAUUGGUGCUAAUACCGUCUCCGCCAACCAGUAGCUCCCAACAAGUAGGCCAGAACGCGAUGCAUGAUACCUGGGAACUGGGACUCCACGAAAUCGGGAAUCAAAUUCAGUUGGCGCAAAUACAGACGCGAACUAGUCUGGCAGCCAGAUUUCACCCUCCACUCCUAUCUCAGCAAGACGAGUACCAUAACACGGCAUUGCAACUAGAUGCAUGCCUUCGAAAUUGGGAAAAUAAUCUCCCCAGCGAUUGGCAGUCGCAGAACCUCAAAAUGGUUGUCAACAGGUCGUCCCGAGCUGCGCGAUACUUGCUUCAUCUUCGCUACCUCCACCACCGAAUCUUCCUCUACAGACCCAUGCUCGCCCGCUUCUACUCGAUGAAACGAGACACACACCCCUCACUCAAAUCACCAAGCCUAAGCCACCGACUUCUCCGUGAAAGCGCCAGCAUGUGCAUCGAAGCCGCGCAGCAGGUGGCCUUAUUAGUUAAUGAGGCGCUCGAGCCAGAUGAGCCGAUCGGACUCCUCCCGUGGUGGUACAGAAUAUACUACCUCCACAUCGCGGGUGCCAAUUUCCUCGCAGCGAUGUUUCGAUCAGAGCUGUUCACAGAUUCUGUUUCCCAGUCUUGGGAAGGUGUGAUCCUGGCACUCCAUGCUCAUGAACACUUGAGUCCCUACGUUCAGCAGUGUGUGUGGACGUUUGAGACCCUCGCGGCCAGGAUCACGGGCAAGCCUUACCCCAGUCUGGAUGGCAGUAGGUGUGGUUUGAUGGUAGAUGAGUCUUCGGGAGUUUGUUUCGAUGCUAUUUUCAAGGAUGUCAACUUUGACUUUGACAAUUUUAUCUUUGGGCCUGAGGACUUUGGAGAAGGGUUGGUUUAG